AUGCCUAGCUACGUCAUUACAGGAGUUUCGAGGGGCCUGGGUUGGGAAUUCCUGAAACAAACCUCCGACGACAACAAGAACACUGUCAUUGGACUUGUUCGCGAUAAGGCAUCGACGGAGAAAAGGGUGGCAGAAGAGCUGGGCAGCCGCCAAAACGUGAAGAUCCUGGAGGCCGAUAUAACUGAUUAUGCCUCCCUUCAGAAAGCUGCGACUAAUACAGCUGCCAUCACGGGUGGUGGCCUUGACUACCUCAUAGCCAAUGCCGGCUAUAUUCCGACCUGGGAUGAGUUCAGUACCAUAGGAGAGCUGGCGACAACCCAACGUCACGAGCUCGCCGAGCGGUUCCAUAAAGUAAUGGAUACCAACGUGCUUGGCAAUAUCAACCUCUACAGCCUGUUCAUACCCAUGAUACUUAAGGGCAGUGUCAAGAAGGUCGUGUGCCUCAGCUCUGGGCUGGCUGAUCUGGAGCCGGUGAGAGCGUUCGAGGUCGAAACGUCGCCACUCUACAGUUCAAGCAAGGCCGCGAUGAACAUGAUCAAUGCCAAAUUCAGCGCCCAGUACAAGAAGGACGGCAUUUUGUUCCUGAGCAUCUCCCCAGGGGUAAUUAACACUAAGCUUGAACCGCCAACACCGGAACAGAUGAAGAUCAGUAUGGCCUUGAUGGUCAAGUUUCAACAAUAUGCACCGCACUUCAAGGGUCCUUCAUCCCCUUCGGAAGCUGUCAGAAGCGUCCUUAAUGUGGUCGAAAAGAGUAGCUUGGACAAUGGAGAUGGCGGCGCAUUUCUAUCGCAUCACGGAAACAAGGAGUGGCUAUAG